AGGGCGCGUCACUGCAGAGGGGCUCAAGUGUCCUGAGAAAUAGACGGAACACCAGCUUUUCCCUUUGGAGCUGUGAGUAACAUGCUGUUGUACAUGUUAUGACAGAAAUUGAUGAGUUCUGAAGAAUAUUUUAGUAUGCAUGCAUGUGCAUAUAACGUUGAGUGAGCAAGGGUGGAUUACUCAACUGUAUUUUUAGUCCGAGAGAACAUGAGUGAAGGAGGGAGACUAUUAUCAACAGCAAUCCAAAAAGAGGUAAUGUUGAGGCGCUGCAUACUCAGUGCGCUGUAAUCAUGGCCAAUAAUCUGAUGAAGAAUCCCAAUGGUGAAGAGCAACUGAAUUUCUGGGAGCUGACAGAGAAUGGUGGGAGCGAGUGGAUGGUGGAGGACAUGCCAGGGGACUGUGGCCAUGACUUCAGUGAUACAGCUGUGAUGAAAUACUUUGCAACCUCCUUUGAGCUCUGUCUGAAGAGACAGGUGAUUGACUUAUUUGAGGAAGGUUUCACUUCUGAACAGCUCGAUGCCCAACCUGUCGUAUCAGUGGAGGACUGGUACUGUGGGAGGCAGGACUGUGGCUGCACCUACCAAAUAACAGUAUGUCUGCUGGAUGAAAAUCAUGUGGUCAUGCAGGAGUUCAGACCUGAACCUGUGACUCUCGACCCAGAGUGUGACGACUGUUCAUGGAAACAGGUCAACCACACAUUUUCGGAGUAUGGCCCUGGUCUGCGUUUCAUCUCCUUUGAACAUGGAGGGCAAGACACGAAGUACUGGGAGGGGUGGUUUGGAGUGCGGGUUACUGGGAGCUCUGUUACUCUUCAGCUCUAGGCAAGAAUACAAAAAUGGAGAGAACGUGUGAUGGUUUCAAGAUGACCACUUGUCGUAUCCACCAUUAAAACGGAGUACUGCACAUCAUACUGUACAUGUUGCAAGCUAGUUGGGAAAAACUUGCCCCUAUUUAUGUGGGGUUCCAAGCAGUAAUAAAUAUGAAAUACAAAUGGA